AUGGUGUUCAUCUUUGUCGCACCAGUCUUCCUGCUCAUCGCGUUCAUCCUGCUGCUGCUCGUGUCUGUCUCAGUCCCCGUCGUCUACACCAUCAACUUGUUUGGCAUUGGGGUGAACACAGGGGGGCGCUUUGCUAACGCUGGUGCCAAUGGAUAUGUCACAUUUGGUGUCUGGGGAUACUGCAUUGACCGCAUGAACAUGCAGUUUGGUGGCUUCAAUCGCGGACUCUAUGGAGAUUGUUCCCAUCCAGGUGUUGGUUACUACUUCGACCCUUGGGUCGCCAAUGCCUUGCGGGUCAAUCCAUUCUACUUUGAAAACACCAUCUCCCACUCGGUCACCAGCGCCCUGGUAAUGCACGUUCUAGCUGCUAUCCUCACCUUCUUUACAAUGGCCAUCUCCGUGUUCAUGGUUGUCAAGCGCGGAUCAGCAGGCACCGCCAGAGCACCCUCGCUCUGCACACUUAUUCUCGGCGUGCUUGCAGGCCUGUUCACGACAGUCUGCUUCCUCAUCGACGUCAUAUUCGUUGCAGUUGUACGUGAUCGUAUCCGGGAUCUCAGCAACGAUGUACUCUACGUCGAAUAUGGCAACGGGGUGUGGAUGACACUUGUGGCUGCGAUCCUCAUAUGGAUCGGAAUGGUUGGCGCUUGUUGUGGAAUCUUCUCAUGCGGUGGCAGCAGAAGGUUCCGCAAGAGCCAGCCCGUUGAAGCAUCAUAG